GGGCAUCACCCGCUCGCUCCACUGCCUUCUCCCACUCAACUUUCUCCUUAGCAGGGACCGCCAUAAGACGCGAGCUUUUUCGCCUCUCUCUUCCUGACGCUUCUUAUUCGAAAAGGGGCAACUCUUUUACCUCACGUUCUCGCAACUGGUUGAAGCACUCCCCGACGUUCCCUUGGGGGGAGUGAGCCCUGCCAAUCAGGAGGCAAGAGGGAAUCCCACCCACCCUCACCCAAAGGUGCAGUCAUGGCUCCUCUCCUGCUCCUCCUAGGUGUCGUCUUUCUGGCCAGUCCUGCGAAGGCUGAAGAGAGCUCGGCCCCCACUGCUAUCUCAUGCUUUACCAGAGGACUGGAUCUCAGAAAGGAUAAAGCAGAUGUCCUCUGCCCAUCAGACUGUUCCAUAUGGCAGUUCUAUGUCUAUGGAAAUGUUGUGUAUGCCUCCAUUUCCAGCAUCUGUGGAGCUGCCAUUCAUAGAGGUGCGAUCACCACUUCAGGUGGGGCUGUCAGAGUGCAAAUAUUACCAGGGCAAGAGAACUACUCUGCAAUAUAUGCCAAUGGAAUCCAGUCCCAAGUGCUCUCUAGAUGGUCAUCAUCAUUUUCAGUAUCCAGUGUCAGGAGUGGUGCACUUGAAGCUGCUGGGCGGCCAAUUUCAACAGUACGCCCAUCCACAGGUAAACGACCCAAGAAACCUCUUGAGAAAAAGUCUGGUAACAAAGACUGUAAAGCGGAUUUUGCUUUUCUGAUUGAUGGAAGCUACAAUAUUGGGCAGCGUAGAUUUAAUUUGCAGAAGAACUUUGUUGGGAAAGUAGCGGUGAUGCUGGGAAUUGGAACUGAAGGACCACAUGUGGGAGUUGUACAAGCCAGUGAGCAUCCAAAAACGGAAUUCUACCUGAAAAAUUUCACAGCAUCAAAAAAUGUUUUAUUUGCAAUAAAAGAGAUAGGUUUCAAAGGAGGCAAUUCGAAUACAGGAAAAGCUUUGAAACACACAGCACAAAGAUUUUUUACUGCUGAAAAUGGAGUACGCAAAGGCAUUCCUAAAAUCAUUGUAGUUUUCAUAGAUGGCUGGCCAUCAGAUGAUCUGGAAGAAGCUGGAAUACUGGCCAGAGAAUUUGGUGUUAAUGUAUUCAUUGUGUCCAUUGCAAAACCCACACCUGAAGAACUUGGGAUGGUUCAAGAUGUUGGCUUUGUUGAGAAGGCUGUAUGUCAAAAUAAUGGUUUCUUCUCCUACAAUAUACCCACUUGGUUUGGUACUACAAAAUACGUGAAACCACUUGUUCAAAAACUGUGUGCUCACGAACAAAUGUUAUGCAGCAAGACGUGCUACAACUCAGUCAACAUAGCUUUCCUGAUAGAUGGUUCUAGCAGUGUUGGAGACAGCAACUUCCGUCUCAUGCUUGAAUUUAUCAGUAACAUUGCCAAAUCAUUUGAGAUAACAGAUAUAGGUGCCAAAAUUGCAGCAGUUCAGUUCACCUAUGACCAGCGCAUCGAAUUCAGCUUUACAGACUACAUCACAAAAGAGAAGGUUCUUUCUGCUGUUCGAGGAAUACGUUACAUGAGUGGUGGAACUGCUACUGGAGAUGCCAUUACCUAUACAACAAGAAAUGUGUUUGGACCUGUGAGAGAUGGACCCAACAAGAAUUUUCUGGUGAUUUUGACUGAUGGCCAAUCUUAUGAUGACAUUCGAGGGCCUGCUGCUGCUGCUCAUAAAACAGGUAUCACCAUCUUCUCUGUUGGCAUUGCUUGGGCCCCGCUGGAUGAUUUAAAAGAUAUGGCAUCCGAACCAAGGGAGACACACACCUUUUUCACAAGAGAGUUUACGGGACUGGAGCAGAUUGUUCCGGAUGUUGUUAGAGCCAUUUGCAGAGAUUUCUUGGGCUCCAAACAAUAAACGGAAGACUGCAGCAGAUGACGUUAAAUCAUAUCAGGAAAGCCAAGGAAGUCUCUAGGGUGUAGAUGUUCUGUUACUCUAGCACACAAAGGGCCACUCUUCUGCUUUCUUUAGGGAAAUCUUUCUUUAGGGGAAGUUUUGUUUGAAUAAACAGUAAGUAUGAAUUUGGCCCAAAGCUACCAUUGCAUAUGUAUAUUUAAUAUUUCUCAGUUAACAUUUAAAGUAAUGCAGAUCUUAUAGUUGAGGUUACUUGGUAUCUGUUUUAUGUAUAUAGAGAAAUACACAGCUGCAUUAAACACUGAAUAUCAACACAUUCUAUCAAGUGUCAAAAAUUGCUUUAGAAUGCUGUCAACUGUGAUGAAAGGAAUAUUUUGCUGAGUGCAUCAUUAUCAAACUAUUAACAACCUUUCUGUAUAGCAGGUACUAACUAGUCUUAGAGAAUGUUGUAGACGGUCUGAUAAAACAGUUAAUGUACAGUAUUUAGUUUUUUAAAAAACCCUUUGCCUACAAUGCGUAAUAUAAAAGCUGUUUAUCAAUUAGGUGAAGCUAUUCUGUUCCAAAGGGCCCACCGAUCUGGCUAAGUUUGGAUUUUUAUUUUUAAAAUACUGCCGCCACCCCCGCCACCUCGCCCAUGUUCCUCUCUCCAAAGACUUGGGAAUGUAUGAAGAAUUAUUUGCUUUUAAAAGAAUUCUGAGUCACAGCUUUCUCAUUGCCUGAAAACAAUGAAACUAUUUAGAAUUUUUUUUAAGGGGCCGUUCUCAGCUUUUAGCUGAAUUAAUCCAACUGACUUUGAUGGGGCUGAAUCAAUUUAAAUUCAGGUGCUUUACAUUAAAUGACCUAUGGAUUGGGAGUUACCUACCAUCUACUAUAGAACUGUCCCCACACAGGUUACAUUGUUUGUAAAAUUAUAAGCAAUUAUGAAAAGUACAGAAGGGAUCGUAUUUAACUGGCUUUGGGGCAUUUUUAAAUAAUUUGUUGAUUUUAUUACAUAAAUGGCAAGAAUGCCUAGUACUACUAUCCAGUACUACUAUUUUUCUAUUUCAUUACUCAGUUAUAUGCAUUUUUAGUGUAUGAAUCCAGGUACCCCAAAAAAAUAUGGACAUUUAUUCCACAGUAUGUCUCUUCAGAGCUUUAAAAAAUGAAAAUGCA